AUGGAACUAAGCAUCAUGUUUUGCUUGUUUGCUUCUUUUCUUUUUAUUGUUCUAUUCAGGAUAUUCUUUGUCUCAAAACGCCGUGACUUGCCACUCCCACCUGGUUCCAUGGGUUGGCCUUACGUAGGAGAAACCUUUCAAAUGUAUUCUCAAGACCCAAGUGUUUUCUUUGCCACAAAAAUAAAAAGGUAUGGCUCUAUGUUCAAGUCCCACAUUCUGGGUUGUCCCUGUGUGAUGAUUUCAAGCCCUGAGGCUGCAAAGUUUGUGCUGAACAAGGCUCAACUAUUCAAGCCAACAUUCCCAGCAAGCAAAGAGAGGAUGUUGGGAAAACAAGCUAUCUUCUUUCACCAAGGAGAGUAUCAUGCUAACUUGAGAAGGCUUGUCCUUCGUACCUUCAUGCCUGAAGCCAUAAAAAACAUCGUGUAUGACAUUGAAUCCAUUGCUCAAGAUUGUCUCAAAUCAUGGGAAGGCCGUUUGAUCACCACUUUUCUUGAAAUGAAGACGUUCACCUUCAAUGUUGCUCUGCUAUCAAUUUUUGGAAAGGAUGAAAUUCUAUACAGAGAGCGUUUGAAGAAGUGUUACUACACACUUGAGAAAGGGUACAAUUCAAUGCCGAUUAAUCUUCCUGGGACACUGUUCCACAAGGCUAUGAAGGCAAGGAAAGAGCUUGCACAGAUCUUGGCCCAAAUAAUCUCAAGCAGGAGGCAGAAGAAGCAAGAUUACAAGGACUUGCUUGGUUCAUUCAUGGGUGAGAAAUCGGGUCUCACCGACGAACAGAUAGCAGAUAAUGUAAUCGGUGUCAUAUUUGCAGCUCGUGACACCACGGCCAGUGUGCUUACGUGGAUUGUCAAGUACCUUGGUGAAAACCCCACUGUCCUUCAAGCUGUGACUGAGGAGCAAGAGUGCAUAUUGAAGAACAAGGAAGAAAGUGGUGAAGAGAAGGGUCUGAAUUGGGAAGAUGCCAAAAAGAUGCCAAUCACUUCAAGGGUUAUACAAGAGACUCUCAGAGUUGCCUCAAUUUUGUCCUUUACUUUUAGAGAAGCAGUAGAGGAUGUUGAAUAUCAAGGGUACCUUAUACCGAAAGGGUGGAAAGUACUGCCACUCUUUAGGAACAUACACCACAGUCCAGAUAACUUCAAAGAGCCUGAAAGAUUUGAUCCCUCAAGAUUUGAGGCUGCUCCAAAACCCAAUACCUUUAUGCCAUUUGGAAGUGGGAUCCAUGCAUGUCCUGGGAAUGAAUUAGCCAAAUUGGAGAUUUUAGUCCUCCUACAUCAUCUGACCACAAAGUACAGGUGGUCUGUGGUGGGUGCAAAGAAUGGGAUUCAGUAUGGCCCUUUUGCUCUUCCCCAGAAUGGCUUGCCUAUCACAUUAUAUCUCAAAUAGAUAUUACUCAAAACAAAAGACAGAUCCAAACC